AUGGCUGCCACUCUUCGUCUCGGCUCUUCAGCUCUGCGAGCUUCUCUGAGAGCUCCCGGCUUCCCGCCGCGCACCACUGCUUUCAACGCCGUGCGAUGCUACUCGUCCUCAAAAUCUCAGACCUUGAAGGAACGUCUCGCCGAGUUGCUCCCGGAGAAGAUUGAGGAGAUUAAGGCGCUGAGAAAAGAGCAUGGCUCCAAGGUCAUCGACAAAGUCACCCUAGACCAGGUGUACGGAGGUGCUCGAGGUAUCAAGUCCCUGGUCUGGGAAGGAUCUGUUCUCGACUCCGAGGAGGGUAUCCGGUUCCGUGGCAAGACCAUUCCCGAAUGCCAGGAAGUCCUCCCUAAGGCGCCCGGCGGCAAGGAGCCCCUGCCAGAAGGUCUCUUCUGGCUUCUCCUGACCGGCGAGGUCCCCACCGAGCAGCAGGUCCGCGAUCUGUCUGCCGAAUGGGCCGCCCGGUCCGAUAUCCCCAAGUUCGUCGAGGAGCUCAUCGACCGCUGCCCUACCGACCUCCACCCCAUGGCCCAGUUCUCGCUCGCCGUCACUGCUCUCGAGCACACGUCGUCCUUCGCCAAGGCCUACGCCAAGGGCAUGAACAAGAAGGACUACUGGGGAUACACCUUUGAGGACUCGAUGGACCUGAUCGCCAAGCUGCCCACCAUCGCCGCUCGCAUCUACCAGAACGUCUUCAAGGGCGGCAAGGUUGCGCCCGUCCAGAAGGACAAGGACUACAGUUUCAACUUCGCCAACCAGCUUGGCUUUGGCGAGAACACCGACUUCAUCGAGCUGAUGCGACUGUACCUCACCAUCCACACCGACCACGAGGGUGGCAACGUCAGCGCGCACACCACCCACCUGGUCGGCAGUGCUCUGAGCUCCCCCUUCCUGUCGCUGUCUGCUGGUCUCAACGGUCUUGCCGGUCCGCUCCACGGUCUUGCCAACCAGGAGGUGCUGAACUGGCUUAGUGAGAUGAAGAAGGCUGUCGGCGACGAUCUCAGCGACAAGAGCAUCACUGACUACUUGUGGUCUACUUUGAACUCUGGCCGAGUUGUUCCAGGAUACGGCCACGCCGUCCUCCGCAAGACCGACCCCCGCUACAUGGCCCAGCGCACUUUUGCGCAGGAGAAGAUGCCCAACGACCCCAUGUUUCAGCUGGUCAGCCAGGUCUACAAGAUUGCGCCCGGCGUCCUGACCGAGCAUGGCAAGACCAAGAACCCCUACCCCAACGUCGACGCCCACUCGGGUGUCCUCCUCCAGUACUACGGCCUGACCGAGGCCAGCUACUACACUGUCCUCUUCGGUGUCUCUCGAGCCAUUGGUGUUCUGCCCCAGCUGAUCAUCGACCGUGCCGUCGGCGCACCCAUCGAGCGCCCCAAGAGUUUCUCGACGGCCAAGUGGAUCGAGAUCUGCAACAAGCUAUAA